AUGCCUAUUCUCCCAUCAAUCCACCCCUCCGUGUCCCGCUCUUUCACACGAACUUUCACCUCCACUACUCGCAUCUUCGCAAAGUCCACAAAACAGAGGCUAGCAGUCGAGCACGCAGACGUUCCGCCAUAUCCUUACGGCCCCUCGCAAUUCUAUAAACAAUCCAAUUUCGGUCUUUACGGUCUGCAGAAGAUUCGUUAUGGAAAUAUAGUUUCGGAGAAGAAUGAAAUUAAGACGAGACGGCAUUGGCGACCCAACGUGCAGAGGAAGCGUCUCUACAGUCCAAGUCUAGGAAGGCAAAUAAAAUUGAGAGUCACCACAAAAGUGCUGAGGACGAUCGAUAAAGCGGGAGGAUUGGAUGAAUAUUUAUUGGGGGAGAAGACGCAGAGAAUAAAGGAAUUGGGAAUGGGAGGGUGGAAAUUAAGAUGGAGGAUUAUGCAGACGGAUACUGUCAAGGAGAGAUUUAGGGCACAAAGGGAGAAGAUGGGAUUGCCGCCGAAGGAAGAGGUACAUUUAGAUGAGAAUGGGUUUGGAAUCACGAAGGAAGAGGUUAUGGAGCAAGUCAGGAAAUACGAUGCAGCAAUGGCAAGGAAUGAGGAGGUCGUUAUAGAUGAAGAGGCGCAAAAAGCUACUGAAUCUGAGAUUUUGGAGGAAAAUUUUAUGGCGGAAGAGCAGUACAAGGAGAGAAAGCCAAUAUUAUAG